CUAUCGUCAUACUGCUCCUGCUCGUGUAAAUGCAAUCUUUACCAAAGGUCGCCCUCACUCUCCUCGCCGCUGUCCUUUAUCAUCAUUCGCAGAGUCCGCCUGUCAAGUCUGAAGUCACUGUCACAGUUGAAGAGCAGAAGAAAGCAUCGGAUGCAGCAUCAAUUCCAUUCGGGGAGAGGCUGAUUCCGUAUGCUGCUCCCGCAGGAAAUGCCAUAUACUGGCUCAUGGCUCUUACAGAGAUAGCCGCUACUCUCGCGACUCGCCACCCAGAGGGCCCUAUCUCACAACACAUCCUCUCCGUUCUGAAAUCCCCGGUGGCAAAUUCCAGUCUCCCAGGACGUCUUACUACCUCCUCCCUUUCCGGCUCCAUUUUGGUCAUUGCUGGCUCCCUCAUUCGCCUGCGAUGCUACCGUGAGAUGGGCCGCCAGUUCACCUUUCGACUUACAGUCCGUGAUGGCCACAAGCUUAUCACGACGGGUCCCUACAACGUCGUCCGUCACCCCAGUUACACGGGUGGUAUCAUGUCUGUGAUAGGAUUCGCCAUAUUAUUUGUGGGACGAGGAUCCUGGUGGAGAGAGGGGGGGUAUAAAGGUCCGUAUGGAAAGUUCUGUAGUAUCCUUGUGGCGGCUGCGAUCGGAUGGAAGUUGAAGGUCUUUACGAGAGCUGGUCGAGAAGAUCAUUUCUUGAGGAAACAGUUCAAAGCGGAGUGGGAGGAUUGGGCGAGAAGAGUCCCUUCGCGUUAUCUACCCGGCAUCUACUAAACGUCAGCGUGUAUGAUAUUUAUUUAUGCUUUGAACCACGAUGACCAGCGUGGGCC